AUGGCUCCCAUCGACUCCAGUAAAACCCCCAUUGUAUGGGUUCUUGGCGGCCCUGGGUCGGGCAAGGGCACGCAAUGCGAGAAGAUCAUUGCCAAAUAUGGUUUCACUCAUCUCUCUACCGGGGAUUUACUUCGCGCUGAAGUCAAGAGUGGUUCCGAAAGAGCGAAAACCUUAACUGCUAUUAUGGAACGAGGUGAACUAGUACCCAAUGAGAUUGUACUGGAUCUCCUUAAAGAAGCGAUGAUGGCGAAAGCCGGUGAGGCAAAGGGCUUCCUCAUCGACGGCUAUCCAAGAGAGAAGUCGCAAGGCAUCGCAUUCGAACAAACUAUUGCUCCAGUUACUGUGAUAAUCUACUUCGAGGCGUCGUCAGAGACCCUCACGAAGCGGCUGCUGGGGCGCGCCGCCAGCUCCGGCCGCGCCGACGACAACGAGGACACCAUCAAGCUGCGCCUCAAGACCUUCCUGGAGAACAACGACAUGGUCCUCGCGCAGUACCCCGACAAACUUAAGCGGAUAAACGCGGAAGACACUGUCGACUCCAUCUUCAGUCAAGUGGUGCAGAUCCUGGACCCGCUCGUCGCA